AUGGCUUCUGAUUCUAUUAUGCAGACUCUCGGUGGGGCUGACGUACCCGGGUCCGAUUGCAAAGAGAGCACCGCCGCCUACGAGAACCACAAGCUAUCAGCAUUGGUUGGAGUGCGCGACCUCGAUUCGAGGACCGAAAAGCUUGCACACAGAGCGUAUUUGAAAGGGCGCUUAGUCCUCGCCUUCCGCAUCUUCGGUGACAACCGCUUCGAUGAAGGCACAGCCGGACAUAUCAGUCUUCGCGACCCGAUGUUGCCGGACCACUUCUGGGUCAACCCUUGCGGCUUACCAUUCUCGAUGGUCAGAUCAUCAGACUUGCUCCUUGUAAGCCCUGAGGGAGCUGUCAUUGAUGGCGGGCAUCGUACCCAUAGGAAACACAUCAACACGCCUGUCUUGCUGUUGCAUCAUGCGAUCCACCAAGCCCGACCUGAAGUCAUGGCUGCCGCACAUGCGCAUUCCCUGAGUGGCAGGGCUUUCUGUGCGUUAGGACGAAAUUUGGACAUGAUCACGCAAGAUGCUUGCGCUUUCCACAACGACCUGGCGCUGUAUACCGACUUCAAUGGUCCCGUCGUAACCGAAGACGAAGCUCAAGCUAUCGUCAACACACUCGGUGCCAAGAAGGCGGCGCUUUUGCAGAACCAUGGCUUGCUCACUGUCGGGCGGAGUCUCGAGGAGAUGGUGUGGUGGUUCAUCAGUCUGGAAAAAUGCUGCUACAUCCAGCUACUCGCUGACGCUGCGGCUGCUGGCAAGGGUGGCCAGACGGCCAAGAUAGACGAGGAAGUGGCGGCUCGGACGUCUAAGUUGGUGGGAUCUUCUGCCGCUGGUCUUUCCAGUGGUCUGCCCUAUUUCGAGGAGAUGGCCGCAAGAUGUGGCAAUGUGUACAUGAACUAG